AUGACCAUGAAUGCAGAAGCGUGGAACUUUCUUGUUGCCUGGACUCAGAUGUUACUGUUACUUCGACUGGCUCCCCAGUACGUCAGUGCCAAACCUUGCCCUUCAGCAUGUCGCUGUGAUGGAGGUUUCAUUUAUUGCAAUGAUAGGGAUUUGACAUCUAUUCCUUCGGGGAUACCAGAGGAUGCUACAACUCUCUACCUUCAAAAUAAUCAGAUCAACAAUGCUGGGAUACCUUCUGACCUGAGAGGCCUGGACAAAGUGGAAAGGAUCUACCUAUACCGGAACAGUUUAGAUGAAUUUCCAAUUAAUCUCUCCCAAAAAAUGUUAAAGAGCUGCACCUGCAGGAAAAUAAUAUAAGGACUAUAACCUAUGAUGCACUUUCACAGAUUCCUGCAAUUGAGGAGCUACAUCUAGAUGAUAAUUCUGUGUCUGCAGUUAGCAUUGAGGAUGGGGCAUUUCGAGACAACAUUUAUCUCCGUCUUCUGUUCCUUUCUCGAAAUCACCUAAGCACAAUACCUUGGGGUCUGCCUCGAACAAUCGAAGAGCUACGUUUGGAUGAUAACCGAAUUUCCACUAUUGCAGAGAUCUCUUUGCAGGACCUCACAAAUCUAAAACGUCUUGUUUUGGAUGGAAAUCUCUUAACCAAUAGUGGCCUUGGGGAAAGGGUCUUUAUGAAUUUGGUCAAUCUGACAGAGCUGUCACUGGUUCGAAAUUCUCUGUUAUCUCCCCCUGCAAAUCUGCCAGGUGCAAAUUUGAGAAAGCUUUAUCUUCAAGAGAAUCAUAUGAAUUAUGUGCCACCCAAUGCUUUUGCUGACCUUACCCAACUUUAUCGACUUGACAUGUCAAACAACAAUCUGACAUCUUUACCUCAGGGUAUUUUUGAUGAUUUGGAUAAUUUGACCCAGUUAUUCCUACGCAACAAUCCUUGGUAUUGUGGCUGCAAAAUGAAAUGGGUACGUGACUGGCUUCAGUCUUUGCCUUCCAAAGUUAAUGUUCGUGGGCUGAUGUGCCAAGCACCGGAGCGUGUUAGGGGAAUGACCAUUAAAGACCUUAACAAAGAAUUAUUUGAUUGUAAAGACAGAUUUGAUAAAAAUCUUAUACAGAUUACAACAACAACUAUGUUAAACACUUUGCUGCCAGCACAAGGUCAGAGGCCAGUAUCUGUGACCAAACAGCCGGAAAUCAGGCCACCUGACCUUAACAAAAUCUACCGAACCACACCAAUACCGGUGAGGAAAAUAAUCACAAUCAACGUAAAAGCGGUCACUGUUGAGACCAUCCACAUUUCCUGGAAAAUUGCUUUACCAAUGAAGUCACUAAGACUUAGCUGGCAGUUAGGCCACAGCCCAGUGUUUGGAUCUAUUACAGAAACCAUUGUGACAGGUGACAGAACGGAAUAUUUGCUCACAGCACUUGAGCCAGAGUCACCAUACCGUAUAUGUAUGGUUCCCAUGGAAACCGGAAACUUCUUUUUAUUGGAUGAAACACCUGUUUGUAUUGAAACAGAGACUGCCCCACUUAAAAUGUAUAACCCCACCACAACUUUAAAUAGAGAGCAGGAGAAGGAGCCUUAUAAAAAUUCCAAUUUGCCUCUAGCAGCUAUCAUAGGUGGAGCAGUGGCUCUAGUGGCAAUCACGCUCCUUGCAUUGGUUUGUUGGUAUGUCCACCGGAACGGAUCCUUGUUUUCCAGGAACUGUGCUUACAGCAAGGGCCGGAGAAGAAAAGAUGAUUAUGCAGAAGCAGGGACUAAAAAAGACAACUCCAUUUUAGAAAUUAGGGAGACCUCUUUUCAGAUGAUACCAAUAAAUAGCGAUCCAAUGACCAAGGAGGAGUUUAUAUUACACACUAUAUUCCCAUCCAAUGGAGUAACCUUGUACAAAACCAGUCACAGUGAAAGCAGCAGUAACAGAAGCUACAGAGACAGUGGUAUUCCAGAUUCUGACCAUUCACAUUCAUGA